UGUGCAGCGCGAGGACGGAGCUGCCGACAGAAGGCUAAUAACCAUGCCAACCGAGGAAUAUAGCGCGCGCCGCUGACUGGGGAGAACGAGAGGGGGGGAAACCCUGGAAGAAGAGACCAUAAAAAUAUACCUAUACACACAUAAAGUGGAGGAGAGAGGACACGCGAGGCGUCCUGGUUUCCUGCAGGGGGGAAGACGAAGACACGGAGCUGCUAUGAUUCUCUCCCUGGCCGCAGCAGCCAUGAGUAGCGGCAGCAGCCUCAACUCCUCCUCCCCCCUCGACCCCUUCGACUCCUCCACCUCCUGGAGCCUGGCUGAGGACCCUUCCAACUCCUCCUCUGAACCAGUCGUGCGAACUCUGACCCCUGACCUCCAGCCGGCGACCACCGCUGUAGCCAUCCAGGAAGUCAGCCCCUGGGAUAUCGCGCUUUGCGUGACCGGGACGCUCAUCUCCUGUGAGAACGCUCUGGUGAUCGCCGUGCUGUUCUACACGCCGACUCUCCGGGCUCCCAUGUUCAUCUUGAUUGGAUCGCUGGCGGUGGCGGACCUUCUCGCCGGCUUGGGCCUCAUCUUGAACUUUGUCUUCACUUACUUGGUCGACAGCUCGGUGGAGUUUGUGACACUGUUGUCGGUUGGACUGCUCAUCUCGGCCUUCUCUGCCUCCGUCCUCAACAUCCUUGCCAUCACAGUGGACCGUUACCUGUCGCUGUACAACGCCCUGACCUACCACACUGAGCGGACAGUCACCUUCACCUACGUGAUGGUGGUCUUCAUCUGGGUGUCAUGCCUAACGCUCGGCUUGCUGCCGGCGCUCGGCUGGAACUGUCUGAGGGACGAGUCCACGUGCAGCAUCUGCCGACCCGUCACCAAAAACAACGCCGUGGCGCUCGCCGUCACCUUCCUGCUGGUCUUCGCUCUGAUGAUGCAGCUCUACCUGCAGAUCUGCAAGAUCGCCUUCCGCCAUGCGCAGCAGAUUGCCGUGCAGCACCAGUUCGUGGCCAUCUCCACCACCAAAGGCGUCUCCACACUCUCGGCCAUCUUGUGUGCCUUCGGGGCGUGUUGGCUGCCGUUUGCCAUGUAUUCCAUAGUGGCCGACUCUAGCUACCCCGUAAUAUACACCUACGCCACGGUCCUCCCGGCUACCUGCUGCUCUGUGAUCAACCCCAUCAUCUAUGCGUUCCGAAACCCGGACAUCCAGAAGUCGCUGUGGAUGGCCUGUUGUGGAUGCGUGCCAUCCAACCUCUCCCUCAGACCCAGGACCUCCAGUGACGUGUAGCAGGGAAGGUUGGUUUCUGUCUGGCAUGAUGCUUGACGCUGAGUCAGGGUUGUCGGAGGGCGAGGAUGAAACGGGGAACAGGAAAUCUGGAGGUGAGAGGUUGAAGGUUACAGCCGAGGAAAGAGAUUUCCUCUACUCUUCAUAUCAGGGCUGGUAGGCUGAUGGGGAAUACACGGCUGGCCACGGUAAAAGUGGCACGGGAAUGGGGAGAAGCCAGGACAGUGCAUGGUCAAAAAAAAAACAAAAAUGAUAGAGCUAAUAAAGGAGAGAACCAUGAGAGCGAAGGAGGUGGCGUGAAACCAACUGCAAAAACCUGAUUUUUAAGGUAGGGAGAGGCAGGGGGUGUGUCGGGUGACUUUUCCAACUGACCUCCAUCCGGGUGCGAGAAGUGAGGCCUACUUCUCCAGAGUAGCAUAUAUGUGACAGUAGGAUUCAGAAGGAAGUGUCCUAAAAUCUCCGUAGGACACGAGCUUGGGCAGCACUGCAUGGUUAUGCAAUCAGAAGGAGUGAAACAGUCUUAAAAUACAGCGUGUGUUUUCACUGAUGUGUUUGAAAUUAAGUGGAUAAAAAUACAAUGAGCUAAAUAUACACAACGAAUGACCUUGAGUAUUCUCAACGAGCUAUCUUUGCAGUCUUCUCCUGACGAGAAAACAAGAAUAUUUCCUCCCUUGAAACACAUUUUAACGACCAUGUUCCCUUGAUCUGAUGCAGAUUAAGUCAUUAGUGAGUUUAUAGACAGAGAGUGCAACAAUAAUUAACUCUUAUGUGCUGAGAUUGGAAAUUGGAUGGUGUUCGUGAUCAUUAACAUAGCUCGUCAGCCAAGCCCGUUUUGACUUUUCCCAAUGCCAACAGCACAAUCUGCAUUUUGUCAAACGCAGUAACACAUUUCAAUGCAUGAAGCUGGCAUAAAAAAAAUGUGCUCCUCCUAAUCAUGUAGCAUUCCUCCUCACACACAAGCUGAUCCACCAGGCUCCCUAAAGCAUAGAUAACCCCCGGCUGGUUUGCAAAACCUAGAGAGGGGUUUCCACAUUUAGUCCAGCGCGUGUCGUCCUUGGUGUGAUGAAAUCAAAUCUGCUCCCGGUCUGAGGGAGGAGAGAAAAAAAAACGGGUUUCUCAGCCAGCCGCUGCGCCGUGACUGUGAAGUAGAGAGAGCUGAAUUCAGCACCAAGGACAGCGCCACUGCAGAGCGCUGCUACCCUGGGAAUGCUCUCUGCUGCGGGGGGGAGAGCGCCGGAAAGUAGGCUACGCUGUUCUCUACACACCAUCUUGAUAGGGACUGUGAGACGGGCUUUAAAGGGCCAUUCCGGCUUGACUGGAGUUUUGGUGCUUGUUUGCAACAGAUGCAGUGUUGACUGAUGGAUUAUUUUCACACAUACAUGAUGGAUAAAGGUAUUUUAAAUCAUUUCUGCUGGGUUAUCUGCAUGAAUCAGUCUUGAGAAGACAGAAUUUGUCCAAUUAAGGCUAUCACUGUGACUCAGAGAGCAGCUUUUAUUUUGAAAUCACUCCCAUAUUGUGCUUGAAGAGUAGCAAAUGUCAAACAAGAAGCUUUCACCAGCUCACGUGUGUCAAAUCUGAGAUGGUAAGGCUUCAUUUUACACAUUCAUGCCUUUAAUUUGCUGAAUUCUUCUGGUAGUAGCUAAUAUUUCCACCUUUGUUUGAAGAUAUUUACAUAAAGACAUUUAAAAUGAAGGCCACACUGACACCAAGACACUGAAAACCCUUUGUCAGUGAAGUAAAAUAAGCAAGCACCGACAAAAAUGACUCCAAUCAUGCUCAAAUUGUUCUUAAAUACCCACUCGAGGUCCUACAGCGCGACUGUGACCCCGUCCUUUCUACCCUCCGCCGUUCUCUGGCCUCUCUUGUAUCUCAGAAAUUAUGCAUGAGGAAAACAAUGUAUGGCCCCCAUGAGUGCCGGUAAAGCACGCCUUCUGACACGGGCAAGGUGAAAGCAGCUGAUGUUUUCCAGAGGCAGACGGGACCUCGGCGAUUAUCUACAUCUGCGUAUCGCCUCUUUGGCUCUAAAUUUAGAGACAGCAUUCCAACUCCAUCGCCCGAUUGAUUAUCCAUUAGCUAGAGCUGAGCACAAUCCAUACUGAACGGGUCAUUUUUCAUAGAGACGGCUUUGGAUGGCUACAGUGGAUUCAAGUUGUACAGGUUGCCACAGUCACAUCACUGCUAUCAGUGCCAGACCUAGAUCAUGUGGUACUUUCGGCAAGCCAACCCCUACCCACCAAAAGACCUAGUAUUAUUGUAAGUAUAUUUUUGUACUGUAUUCAUUCCUAAUGACAAUUCAACACAAAUACACAACUUCGCCAACAAACAAUAACCACACACGAUGACGUCACUUUGUUAGCUGGAGGCAAAACACGACUCUCCACCACAGGGCUGUAGGCUACAUAGGAGUCUAAAAAUGUCGUCUUGUUGUGUUAUUGGGAGCCAGAAUAGAAGGAGUCUUGGCUCAAAACUUAAAUUUUAUUGUAUCAGCCGCCACUGCCCGUCAACAAAAACAAAGACAACUAUGGUUAAAUGCGGUAAGACGAAAGAACUGGAUGGAGGCCAUCAUCAAAAAUGCUUGCAUGUUACAGAAAAGGCAUUUACUGUUGUAGGGAUGAAUAACGUUAUGUGUAUUAAGGGUUAUCAUGUCCACCCCAUCAGAAACUGGGGAGGUAUUAAGAGGAAAAUCGGAUUUCUCUGUAACGCUAACUUAUUAGUGGUUAGAUAACGUUAGCUUAGCUUCCUCCUUUGUAAGAUUGGCAUAGUAAUCAACCACAAAGCUUCCUGUGACAUCAUCCAUCCACUGAGUGAGAGCAUACGGGCCGGCCAGUCUGGUCCCGUUGGUCAGUGUUUACUUUUUUUCGAGUAACACUCACGGUCCCAGAGAGUGAGUGACCUGACAUGGUGUGUUCGUAAAUUCAGUCUGACGCUCUACACUAAAAUGAGAGCCUAAUUCUAUGUGAAUUAACAAACAUUUAAUUUAAUUACAAAUUUACUCCACUUGGCGCUCUGCUGCUCCGUCUCCCCAGACAGAGUGUCCAGAGUGCACUCCGCCAAUCCAAGAGUGCGGUGCUCUGGAUAACUGAACAGUACUUUCCGACAGAGCUCUGAAUUUACGAACGGUCCAGUUUGUGCCAGUAUGCGCUCCAACACUCUGAGCGAGUAUUUCUGAACGCACCACUCGCAUCAUCUUCCUCCAUUGUCUAAAACGAGCUGACAUAACUUGCUAGCUAGAACUGGCUAAUGUCUGCGGAGAACUGUUUUGCCUCCAGCUAAGCCCCGCCCACCAAAAAACAACAUACUAUUUACUAGCAGUAAAAGGGUCUAUAUUUAAAGAUUUGUUCUGCUCCACCAUUAAAUGUUUUUGUCAUCUCCCACGGCUGUAUCGCUCUUGAACUGUGCUACACUGCCUCCAUGAUCUCCUGUGGUACUGCUCCAUUUCGUCCAUAUCUGUAAGUUUUCAGAAAUGUGCACGGCACAGACGAAAUGAAUGCAGAGUCUGCACAGAAGGCUCUGUGCGUGUCCGUAUCUAAUGCUGAGCAUAAAUGAGCCCUUAGUCACGUGGUCAGGAAGUAAUCAUACAUGCAGGGGAAACGGCAAACGCCUAUCUGAACAAUAUGGCCACAGAAAUCUAUAAUAAUACUGUAAACAUGAGCAUCAGAUGGUCUAAAUUCCUGUGGACUGUGCUGUACGCCUUCUGUUUUCACUUCCCUACUUGCACCCUGUCAGCAGUUGCUGCACACACACACACACACACACACACACACACAAAUGCCCCGCCUCGAAGAAGCAGCGCAGCUCUGCCCCGGGGCCCCUCUGAAGGCUCGGCGGGUUAAUGAGAAGCGAGAGAGGCGAGGUGACGCGGCGUGAAAUAGAAACGCCGGGCGAGACACGCUUUAACGUAACCUCAGGUCACGUCCACCUUGCACCCAAUCAGGAUGAAGUCGUUCCCCACUGAAAGGGCAUCAUGUAAGUUAAAUCCAGCUAAUGUUAAUAACAUCUGGGUAAUAAUGGCGCCUAAUGUAUAGAGGAUGUAGUGAGGACGAGCAGGGGAGCGGAUUUAUUGCCAACUUCUAUCUGCAUUUAAAUGAUCUACGGAGAUAGUUUUCACUGGAGUUCCUCUGCACAACCUCACAGAGAGGUACCAUGACUAAGCUCCUGGCAUGCUGCUAAUAUACAUGUGUGGGAGGUGUGCUGGCUUUGGGAAAAGAGUUCAUGGAAACGGUAUGGGCUGCAACUAUAAACUCACUCAACUCUACACUAGAAAUAAAAACAUACAUGUAACGACAGAGAGUCGCUUCCAAAUUCAAACGCUUUCUACCAAAUAAACCACGACGACAGACGACAAGCAAAGAACACUUUGAAAAUGGCGCUCAGGAGAUGCAGGUAUUAAGAUUAUUUUCUAUAGUGUACAUUAAAACUUAGUGUAGAAGUCUUUUUUAUUGUUUCUUGGCAGCAGCAAACAAUCAGUUGUUUUUGCAGCAGUUGUUAGCAGAACAACGGCUACACUUCUCUGUCGAUGACUUUAUUUGAACAGGCAGAAUCUCUUGUGUCUUUUUUGUUUGUCUUUUGUUUUUGUUUUUGUUUUUGGCCUUAUUGGAACUGAAAAAAAAAAAACUCCUUCGCAAUAAUGUCCAACUGUAUUUUGCUGUGUACAAAAAGCCACAAAGGAGAGAAAGAGAGACAGAGAGACAGGUGGUGGGGCUCUGAAUGGUUUGCAGAAUAACUCAAAUUAAAUAUUUCAAAGCAACAAAUAGCACAUUGUACUGUAUGUGAGAGGAAUAUGGCCGGGGCCGGCUGGGGUUUUCCAUAAAGACAUUUCAGCAGGAGUGGAUCAUGGAAGUAGGACAAACCUAAAUAUGAAGCUAAUGCUCUAUUUCCAUUUAUAGAUGCUGUGUUGCAGACGGAGAUCUUGCAAUGCUGUUUUCUCCAUCUCUCUAAAAUUAGCUUUAUUUUCAUGUUUGCGGUCGUUUCACGAAUGUCGGACGACUCUGUGUGAAGGUCACGGCUGUUAAACAAACUGACCACCUCCCUCUCUCUGUCUCUCUUUUUGCUCAAUCACUGCAUCGAUGGAACUGCCGUACGGUGAAACACUUGCAUCAAUUAUUAAGUGAAAUACUUUAGAUUACUCUGAAGCUGGAAGCAUGAGAUGGAUGGAGUUUGGUACUUUUGGCAAGCUUGGUGAACUGCAGCACUGUGUGUGUAUGCGUGUGUGUGUGUGUGUGUAGGGGGAGAGAUGCGACUCACCAAACUAAUCGAUCCCAGAGAGAUAAUUAAAUCCAUUUCACAUAGGAAUGUGAUGCAGAUCCUAUUGGCACACAGUUCUCCUGUACACACAACGAUGUGUGAGACUUGCUUAGUCACCUGUGUUUGGAGAUGCUAGAUGGGACGCACAGGUUACGUCUGGCAGCCUAAAUGUAACAUUCAUGGAGAAUCUGCACUAGCUUGGCUGAUGCUGACACACCGGAUGUAGCUUUCAAGCUGUGCCUCUGUUUUACCUCUUUGUUAAAAAUGAAUCAAACUCAGAUUCAAUUAGGAUCAUGAACCAGACUUGGAUUAAACAGAAAUUAGUUUUGGUGGUUUGUUUUAGCCUCUGUUUUGGGACAGAUGGCUGCGGUUUACAGCAUAUCACGAGGACAAAUGUCAUGGGAAGUUGCCAGCUUUCUAAUGUUUGAAACUGUUUUGGCUCCAGUUACAGCUCAGUCUGAAAAACUCUUUAAAUGGCAAACAUUUCUCAGUGUCGUCAGUUAUUUCAGUGGGAUUGGUGCGAUCAGUGGAUUUGCUCACUGGUAUGGAAGCUCAUUUCUGCCACUUUGAUGAAGAAAAUAUCCUGUCAUAAUGAUGAGAAAGUUUCUUGAAAUAACGACUUGGUUUCUCAAAAAUAAUGAGGUAGUAUACCAAAAAAUCUUGAUAUCCUAAGAUCAUUAGUUAGUAUCCCAAAAUCAAGUGGUCAUAUCUCAAUAUAAUGAGGUAAUAUCUCAAAAUCAUGAGUUAGUAGCCUAAGAUAAUGAGUUAGUAUCUCAUAAUAAUGAGGACACAUCCCAAGAUAAUGUGGUAGUUUCUCAAAACAGCGUGUUAGAAUUUAAAAAUAAUGAGGUAGUAUCUUGAAAUAAUAAGGUAGUUUCUCAAAAAGUGAGGUAGUAUCCCAAAAUAAUGACUUGAUAUACCAAGAUAAAGAGGUAGUAUCUCAAAAUAAUGAGGUACUUCUUCAAAAUGAGUAGUAUGUCAAAAUAAUAUGGUCAUACCCCAAGAUAAUGAGGUAGUAUCUCAUAAAAAUGAGGAAGUAUCCCAAAGACAAUGUGGUAUAAUGAGGUAGUAUCUCAAAAAUAAUGAGGUACUAUCUCAAGAUAAUAAGUUAGUAUCUCAUAAUGAGGACGUAUCCCAAGAUAAUGUGGUAGUUUCUCAUAAUAAUGAGGUAGUAUCUCAAAAUAAGGUAGUUUCUCAUAAUAGUGAGGCUUUGUUGUAAAAUAAUGACUUGAAAUCCCAAGAUAAUGAGGUGGUAUGUCAAAAAUAAUGAGAUAGUUUCUCAAAUUAAUGACUUGACAUCCUCACAUAAGUUGGUAUCUCAAAAUAAUGAGGUAGUAUCUCAAAAUAAUGAUUUGAUAUCCCAAGAUAACGAGUAUCUCAAAAACAUAAGUAUCUUAAAAUAAUGACUUGAUAUCCCAAGAAAAUGAGUUACUAUCUCAAAAUAACGAGGUUGUAUCCCGAAAUAAUGAGGUAGUAUCCCAAGAUAAUUUAAGUGAAGUUUUAAUUUAAGUUUUGUUUGUCAUUUUUUUUGAGAUAUUAAGUCAUUAUUUUGAGAUAGCGAGUUAUUAUUUGGAGGUUUUUGGAAGGUUUUCUCAUGAUAAAUAGUUAACAAUCUUUUUUUUUCCCCAAACACAGAAAUGGACUUACAUACAUAGGAGCAAAAUAAAUCAGUUCAAAUUUUUUGGUAUGCUGGUUUGACAGUGCUGUCAGAGAGCUGGAGAAUCUGACAGAGACAAAGUAUGGUGUCUUAAUAGCUGCGCUGGAUCAUACACUUUUAUUUAACUCUCCUCUGUCCGAGUAUAAACUGACAAUUAGCUAGCUCGCUAUUUUUUUGUUUUGAUUUUGCAAACAAAAUUUCGGGGUAAGAGAAGUACAGAGAAAAUAAAAAGAGGCUCAGGGAGUUAUUGUGACCAACUAGUGCUAGCAUGUUGCUGGCUGCUAGCAUGUUAGUAGUUAGGUUGCCAAGCAUCUAGAACCACAGACUAAAUGAAUAUCUCGCUGGAACCUUUUGGGUAUGAAAUUGCCUUUAAGGUGGAGUAAAUGUCUGUAAGUGGAUAAUAUAUUCCUCUGUGGGUUGAGAAAAUUGUUUGACCUCUAGCCUUCCUUUCAACACCUGCCAUGGACAAACUUUAAGAUAAAUGUUGGGUACGUUUUUGGACAUUUUGGUAAUAUGUUUUGGUGGGCGUUUUUUGUCCUUUGGCAGUGAAAUGUCAACUAUCUGGCAUUUUUCCAGAGUAAAACAAACUCUAUUUGAUCCAAGUCUGGAGGGAAUCAUGAGCCCCAAAGUGAAACCACAAAUCAGCCGUUUCACGAGCGCGCUGACUGAAAUGUUAAAUCCAGCAUCGCUCAGCUGGAACUGGAGCGACCGAACAGCUGAUCUGAAGUCAGCGUUAACUCCGGCGGCAUCACACAGCUGUAUUUUAAACACCGUCUCUGAUGGUCCCAUCUGGCAUGUCCAUCUAGUGAUUGUUUUAACAAUUAAUAACACUCAUCUGUGAAUAUACCACUACUCAGUCAACCAUUCCUGGGGCAGGAGUGGAGCGACCACUCACUGUGUGUGUGUGAGUGUGUGUCAACGUGUAUGUGUGUGUGUGUGUAUGUGUGUUCUCCCCCCGGGAUCAUAGCCAAUUGUAAUGAACCAUAACUCAACCAACUCUCACUGUAAACACAAACACACGCAGAAUGGUUUUGUCAGCCGCUAUACAGGACUAUAACUCAAUUUAAAAAAAAAAAAGAAAAAGACCUACUGUACAAGUGAGUGUGUGUUAUUUUUAUUAUGCAAUGCUGUACAGAAAUGUAUAUUUUUGUAAUGUUCAUCAGGGCAUGAGUUACAAGACAUGGUCGCUGCUGUGAGCAUGAGUUUGUUGUGAGUGUGUGCGUACGUACGUGUGUGUGUGUGUGUGUUUUCUUCCUCUUCUUCUGUGUUCUUCCUAUAAACAAAUGUCAAAUGUUUCUUUGGGGAAAAAAAGAAGUUGUGUGUCGGAUAUGCUGAAAAAGUGCCAUAUUUUUUGACUUUAUAGUGUCUUAAUUUUUUGUUUUUCUUGUGUAUUAGAGGGUUGAUUCUCAUUGUGGAGUCAGUAAAUCUGUAAACAACUACAAAAAAAAGCUCAACAUGGUCAAAAACAGCAACUCACGAGCAGCAGGGUAAAGAAAGAAGAAAAAGGCUGUUAUUUAAAAGUACUUGACCUUGAUGUUAUUGAUCACUACACUGAGCAAACAGACCAAUUCCAACAAUCCAAACUUUGUAUUUCCUCCUGUAACGUCAGAGUUGCAGCAGCAGCAACAUCAGAGAUGAUAUCAGUGUCUCUGUCAAACGUCUUCUUGACUUAAAUUGCGGUAAUCUGAACAGUUUCAGCAUAAAAAAGACGUGCGCUGAACGACAGGGAGAAAGUCAGGGAGGGAGACUGUGCGUGGCUGCGUAGUACGUCACAGAGUCAGGUUUCCAGUGACGUCAUUUUGUCUGAGUCGUGUCUAAGGGAGCAGGUCGUUUCAAAGACAUCCCCACUCUCUCCACUGUCCUCCUUUCACAAGCGUCCCCCUCGCUCCUUUCUCCCCCUCAUCAUCCUUUUAUCUACACCCCCUCUUUUUCCUCUCCAUUCUCUCAGACAUCUCCCUCCUGUCCUCUUUGCUGUUUCAUAUGUGCCCCGUCUUUUCAUUCCUGUUCCCUCUCCUCCUCAGUCUUCCUGUCACUUUUCUGCAUGGUUUUCACCCCUCUUGCUCAUUCCCUCCAUCUUUUGCAAUACUCCACACCUUCAUCUCCUCUAUCUCUUUUUACCCCCUCUCCCCUCUGUCUCUUUCUCUUGUCUAACAUUUUGCUAUGCUUGGCCUGCAGGAAGCGAGUCGGUCGACUCCGUCUAAAAAUAGUUACCCUGAAAGCAGAUAAAAAGAGCAAAAGAAAAAAGAACAGCAGGAAAAAAGGAAAGGAAAAAGAGGAGGGGUGGGAGGUAAAGAAGUAGAAAUCAACCCUUCUUCCCUGAGCGCAGAAGCAAGCCUUCGCUUUGCUCCGUAGACGCAUCCAUCAUCCUCAUCUUCCUUUUUCUCUCUUUCCCUGUUAAGUUUUUCCUUGUCUCAUCUUCUUUGCACAAGCACACGUUCAUCUUCUAUUUUUACACCUCUCCUUUGAGUCUCUCCUUCCUUUUUUUGUUUCUCCUGAGCACAAGCAUCAACACAAGGGUUUUUAAAAUGCAGGGAUCGGGGCGAGUGCCUAUACAGAGUCCGUCAGGCUAUGUUUUCCCUCUGUAACCUACAACCUGGCAAUACUUCAGGCAAACAGAGAUUGUCAAUCAAAAAUAAAACCAUUACAGAGCUAAUUUUCUAUCGGACCAAGUAUGGCCUUCAUAGAAAAAAAAAACAUUGUUUUAUGCAUUGAUAUUGCUGGUCUGGAUGAGGGAGCAUCACCGGUUUUAAACCCUCAAGGUGAGGGUGUUAUUGGGUAACGAUACUGUGAUGUCACAGACCUGAUAUGGUGUCCUUGAAUCAUGUUUUUUUGGGUUUGUUUCUACUGUAUUCUCUCUGAUUUUGUCCUCUUAAGUUGGUGUCGUGAAACAGUCGGUUACGAUAAAAAGUACAAAUGCACUUUAUAAGAUGGACAUGUUACACAUUGCACUUGUAAAUGUCGAAUGUAAAACCUUGAAGAGAAAGAUUUAUUUUUAUUAUUGUACAUAAAUGAGAAGAGAAAGUAAAAAAAAAAGACUGCAAAAAAAAAGUGGAGAAUAAUUUGCCAAAUA